UCGAGCUGUUUGUGAAGGGGGAGGGCACAUGGCUGCAAGUCUCCUCUGGGGGCUUCUGGAUCCCUGAGGCUCCCCCCACGGCCAGUGGUUGCCAGCAAGGCCCUUCCACAGCCUGAUGCUACUCCAGCAGCUGGUGGAGCUCCCCUCCAAUUCCUCCAGAUAAGGGGGAAGACCAGCCUGACCAAUUCAGACUGGAGACUGGAGCUACCAGACAAGCAUGGACUAAAAGGUCUUGGCAUGAUGGAAAAACAGAAUCCCUGCUCCAGCUUACUACCUGGAGUAUUGGAAGAUUGUUUUGAUCCUUUACAGUCCUCCUUAAGGCUGGUCUGGAUGGAGAAAACAUUGGAAACUGCCCCUUCUGCCAGCGCCUCUUCAUGGUGCUCUGGCUGAAAGGGGUCAAGUUCAAUGUCACCACGGUGGACAUGACCAGGAAACCUGAAGAGUUGAAAGAUUUAGCACCGGGCACCAACCCACCCUUCUUGCUGUUCAACAAGGAGCUGAAAACAGACUUCAUCAAGAUUGAGGAGUUCCUGGAGCAGACCCUGGGUCCACCUACGUAUCCACACCUGAGCCCCAAGUACAAGGAGUCCUUUGAUGUGGGCAGUGACAUCUUUGCCAAGUUCUCAGCAUACAUCAAGAACCCACGCAAAGAAGCAAAUAUCAAUUUUGAGAAGGCCCUGCUGCGGGAGUUUCAGCGCCUGGAUGUUUACCUGAACACUCCUCUCCCAGAGGAGAUUGACCAGGAUAGCGUGGAGGACAUCACCAUCUCCAAGAGGAAAUUCCUGGAUGGAGACCAUCUGACUCUGGCUGAUUGCAACCUUCUGCCCAAAUUGCAUAUCAUCAAGAUUGCAGCCAAAAAGUACCGUGACUUCGAGAUCCCAGAGGACAUGACGGGCGUCUGGCGCUACCUCAACAAUGCCUAUGCCUGUGAUGAGUUCAAUCACACCUGUCCUGCAGAUGAGGAGAUCGAGCACACAUAUGCCAGCGUUGCCAGGAAGAUGACCUAGCCAUAGGGAGGCGUGGGGUGGCAGCAUUGCCCUGGCUCAGCCCUCCAACUCUGCAGUCCUGACACAACCAAAACCAGCUGAUGGAGAGACUGGAGAGGGUUUCCAACAUCGCUAGCUCCUGCCUUUCAGAAACAGCACCUUGCUUCACAGCCCCUGCCACUGCCUCCUCCUUCUGUGCUGCUGGCUGCAACCCCUGGGCACCAGCAGUGCUGACCACAUGUACACACUGCUCCCAUUUGGAUGUAGCUGCAUCCCUACUCCCUGAAAAUUUUUCUCACAGCCUGUGACUAUGUGUCAUGGGAAAAGCUGAGGACUAGCCUCCUGCAGUAGUGCUUUCUCAUCAAGAGAUGACACCCCCAAAUGGCUAGGCCAGCCCAGCCUCCCCAUUCCCAUCUGUCAGCCCUGUGUGGUCCCAGCCAUCCUGUGCUUGUCGUGGGAUCCCGAUGCUUCCCCUGGGCUGGAGCUAUUUGUAUUUGCCUGUUGCCAACCUGCUCAGCACCUGGGGCUGGCAUUUGGACAGCCCUCUCUUCCAAGACAUCAGCUCCCUCUGAAGAUAUGGAAAGGCUUUACCCAGGCAGCUCAUCACAUUGAAAAAUUGUGCUCACUGUUGAGGGCUGUGACAUGGGUCUGACUCCCAAUAGGACAUGGGGGUAGGUGGGUGCUGGGGGUGGCGCCUGGUGCAGCAGUGCCAGGACCAGCUAUGGGAGGAAACAAAGGGUCAGGGGACCUGCAAAGGGCCUGUGGAUGAAGGGCUAAGGAUCAGGGCAUCCCUCCCAUGACUGCCAGCACCCAGGGCCACGUGCUGCUAGCUGCAAGGUCCCACAUGGCUCCUCCCAGCUCAGAAGUCUUUGUGCCUCGCCGAACCCUGCAGAGGGUGCAGCCAUGCUCUAGCUCCAUACCCCCUAGUUCCCACCAACACUUCUGGCACCUGAGGCUGGGAGCAGCCACAGGGUAGGGCACACGUUUAGUUUCCUCACUGGAAAGCCCAGGAGAACAGACAGCAGCUGUUUGGCUAAUUGCUGUGUCUGUGGAAAGGUGUGGGCAGUGCCCCUUGGCUCAGCUUGCCUUCACAUCCUGUGUUGCUGACAUGAGGCAUCAAAGCUGCUCUGCACAGCCAUGACAUCCUAUGUUCCCCCUCUGACAUUUCCAGCUUCCCCAGGACUCCUACCAGACCUUGAGAAUUCAGCCAGCCCUCCCUAACCAGCCCCAGGCAAAUGGAUACUGUACAGUGGGCAUGGUGGGUUCUGUGGGAACUGAAGAAGCAAGCAGAGCCUCCUCAGCCCUCACUGCCACUUUCCUCUUUGCACUAAAUGUGUGUCCUCACAAGCCUGCCUCAGAUAGUGCUGGGUUUGGGGACUGGGUUUGUUACUAAUGGGGUUUGGUUUGUUGUUUUUUAUAAACUAAGAAUAGCAAUAAACUAUAUUUUAAUAUGC